AUGUGGAUCAAAGACUUCAGCAUAAAUCAGUGUCCUGGAGAUCCCCAAACAAUAUACACUAUUGCCAUUGCUCUUGGUUACCAUCAAAAUCUUUAUGGCAAGACCCUCUUGCUGAAGAUACCACAUAUUUGGGAUGUGGAACAUGAGAAAUCAAGUUCUACUGACCAAGAUGUCUCAUCCCUGCUGGUUAUAUUUCAUAGCACCUUAGAUGCAUUCAGGAUAUUGGAUAUUGGAAAAAAGUCACCAAUAGUCUUAUCCAGUGGUAAGACUGUCAACCACAAAAUGGCCAGUAUAGUGGUUGUCACACUGAGCCCAAUGCAGAGAAUAAGUGACUCUGUAAGGCCCAGUCUCAAAUGGGACACCUGUCUCAUCCCCUUCAGGGUUCAGGUGAUGUCAUGGAAACGGGAAUGGAAAGAUGAUGACAAGAAGAUGGCUCCUGAGAACUUGUCAAUGGGGAUGUUUUCCUUGUCCCAGACAGUUGUGGGAAUCCUGGGAAACUCGUCAGUUUUGUUCCAUUAUUUUAUAUCUUUAUUCUCUGGAAAGUACCUGAUGCCCAAAGAUGAGAUUUUAAAACAUCUUACUCUAGCCAACUCAUUGUCUAUUAUCUCAAGAGGGAUUCCACAGACAAUGGCAUUGUUUGGCUUUCAAUCAUUCCUGGAUGACAUCACAUGUAAAGCUAUUGUCUACAGUAAUCGAGUAUCCCGAGAGGUUUCCCUGCAUACCAUGUGCUUCUUGAGUUGUUUCCAAGCUAUCACAAUCAGCCCCAACAACUCCAGGUGGGGGAAACUUAAACAAAGAGCCAUCAAGUAUAUUGUUCCCUCCUGUUCACUCAGCUGGCUUGUAUACCUGCUUCUGAACAGCAAAGUUGCUAUGAUGGUUGGCCAUACCAACUUAAAUUUCACUAGGAAAUUCAAUGUGGCCUACUGCUCAUCAUUUAAUAUUAGUAGCAUCCCACUAUCUUUAUUUUUGAUCUGUUUCAUUGAUAUUUUCUAUCUGAGUCUCAUGGCCUGGGCCAGUGUCUCCAUGGUGAGUAUCCUCAAUAGGCACAAGAAGCAGGUACUGUACCUCCGCAGUUCCCACCAUUGCCUCAGGGUAUCACCUGAAGCCAGAGCCACCCAAGUCAUCCUGAUCUCAGUGUGCACCUAUGUCACCUUCUACUCAAUGACUUUCAUCCUGAUUUUUUAUACAGUGUUCUUUGAUAGACCAAAGCUGUGGUUAGUAAACAUUUUUGCCUUUCUUGAAUCAUGUUUCCCCACCUUUUGUCCAUUCCUACUCAUCACCAAAAAAACCUUCUUUUUAUAA